AUGGCAUUUACUAAAGAAUAUAGCUCCUUCUUGCAAAACAAGUUGGCUUCAAAGAUGAAAGAUCCUAGAAGUUUCACCAUUCCAUGCACUAUUGAGGUCAAACCUACCACAGUUACUCUUCAGCUUGCAGACCAAUCUCUUGCUCAUCCUGAUGGAAAUAUUGAUGAUGUGUUAGUGAAGGUUGAGAAGUUCAUUUUUCUAGCUGACUUUAUUGUGUUAGAUUAUGAGGCGGACAAUGAGGUACCAAUUAUUUUGGGGAGACCUUUUCUUGCAACAGGUGGAACUUUGAUUGAUGUUAAGAAGGGUGAACUUACUAUGAGGGUCCAAGAUGAACAAGUGACUUUCAAUGUUUUCAAGGCUAUGAGAUUUCCAGAUGAAGUUAAGGAGUGUUCAAUUGUUUUAGUGGAAACUCUUUAG